GUACGUUUUAAAGAGUAGGUGUGUUUAACUGGUAUAUUUGAAGUUGGAGAUAAUUUUACCGAUAACCUACAAUCUGCACGCCUGUCUUCUAAAGUUUUGAUAUGUUCCAAUGUACCGAAUGAGAAAUUGUGUCCUGUUUCUGAUAAACGCCAGUUUGUUUGGCUACUACUUUCUACUUCGGAACACCGAAGUUCUGCCCCGCGAACGCGUGCAUUUUUUGCCUGCCACUGGCGCUCGAAAAUUGCUUCGUUUGCACGGUAGUCUCUUGAUAAAGGAUACAACUAUUACACAAAGUUCUUGGGAUGUGUUUCAUUUGAACGACACGUUUGAAGAACUAGACACUACAGGUCACUUUGAAGGCGUGCCAGCCUUGGGAAAAGGUGGCAAGGUCGACCGUUCCAGAGAUGUUGGGGACAGGAAGUGCUUGAAAUCCGCCACAAACUGGAAUAAACCGGUCACGCCGAAGCAUAGACUUGACCCGAAUAGGUUUUUAAUACCAACGGUUAUCAAUGGACCCAGCAAUCAACUUGCAGGGUUUCAACAAAGCGCUUUACUCGCCAUUUUAUUGAACAGGACUUUGGUUUUGCCGAACUUUUACGAGCAUCAACCUACAGAAGACACAUUUUUAAAGACAGUCGUCGAUGCUGGCUCAAGAAUUGACCUGGAUAUUCUAAGAAGGUUUAUGUCGGUUAUUCCUAUGUCCCAAGCUGUCAAAGAAUGCAAUGGUCGUUUUGACAUAUUUUUCAAUGCAGAGGAGGAAGGAGUGGGUCCACUUAUGCGAUAUUUACCUGCAAUUCACUUACAAUCUGGCAUACGAGGAGCAAGGUACAAAGAGGGGAUUGGACUGAAAGAGGUUGAAGAGUUUUUGAAGGAAGGAAAUACAAACAUGUCUGUUAUUGUACAAGAAACAGGUUGGUUGAUGGGGGAUUUAAUCAAAGGAAAAAAACACAAAAUUGACUUCAUGGAACUUAAAUCUCAUUUCAAGUCUCCGGAAAAAUGCGCCCAUUAUCUCAAGCCGUUUCGACAGCUGGGAUUACGGCCGAAUGAUACGUUACGACUCGAUUAUCCACGUACAUCAGAACAGAUACUCAACUCGCCACAAAAGUUUAUCCAAACGAAGAAAGACGCUGAAGUGUUCUUUAGUGCCAUCUGGCGGAACGUUCAAAGCCCAAAGUUCAUCCGCGAUGUGGCGAAAGACUUCAGCCAGAGUGUUCUUGGUGGAAAAUACUUUGCAGUUCACUGGAGAUACGACAAAGUCGAUUUUCUUCAUUACCUAUGCGGAGUACAUUACCGACCGCAGAUCGCCGAUAUGUGCAAUAACAUUAAACGAGCCGCCAAGCCUAAAGCCAUUGCUCGGGCCAUAGCUGUGAAACUAUCUGAAUCCAAAGAAAUUUUUGGCAGUAACCCACGUUCGGUGUACCUCGCUGCUCCGUCCUCUGUCUCUGGAUUUGUAGAAGCGAUUAAAACCUCGUUUGAUAAUCUACUGCGUUCAGACAGCGAGUACAAGUCAUUGGGAAAGGUGAAAAUGUAUUUCGCAAAGGAUUUAUUCGAGUUUGUGCUAAAAAACUACAGACCUUGCGGCCACACUUCCAACGAACACAACGUCAUCAAUGACGUCAUAUCCCAAGUAGAAAUGGAAAUCGGGAAACUGAGUGAAACUUUUGUUUGGUCGAAGCAGAGCACUUGGUCGCAGCGUGUCCUCUUUAAUAGAAAACUACAUCUCUCUAACAUGAGCUUACUCCUUGAUCAAAACAUUAUUGGCCUCGUUUUGGACACGCUAGACGGCGGUAGAGGGCACAGAAAGCUAAUGAGAGAGCUACAUGAGCUCGAGAGUGGAAAUCAUUGAUCCAGGAUGUACAACUUUACCGGAUGCAAAAUCGAGUGUUUCAUACUGAAAUACAUCUCUGUAUAUCCUGUACUUAAAAAUCGUUGAUACUAAGAGCAAUACACAUCACACGACGUAAGCCC